GUGGGCACUGCUUCUACUCUUCGUCUUCGGGGCCUGCCAUGUCGGCCAGCGGAGCUUCGGUGGAGGAGGCUCGGCCAAGUCGGGGCUCGGCGAGUACCGUGCCGGCUUCAGGCCUUCCUUCUCCUGGCUCGGCUCGCAGCUGCUCCUAGCAGCGGCCGGCUUGUGUGGGUGCAUCGGCCGACUCAUGACGCGGACCCCCCGCGACUACGAGAAGCUGAAGGAGGAUGAGUGGGACUUCGAGGGAGUCGGCCGCGAGUCGCUGAACGACUUUUUGGACGAGGCCGAGGACGACGACCAUCCACCGCCCUCAUACUCUGGGUUUUCCUACUAA